AAGGCUUCUUUAAGCCUCGUCUUAGAAGGUCAUGUCUCGGCUGCUGGCUGACGCUGACAGGCGAACCGAAGCAGCAGGCGUACCGCCGCUAGCCUUUAGCAGCUGCUUCAUUCAUCUACCGUUACUACGGCAAACAUGCAGGAAUGGGCCAACCAGUUAUGCGAGAAUCGGCAGUUUGGAUCCAAGAUGACGGACUCCAAGUACUUCACCACUACCAAGAAAGGGGAAAUUUUUGAACUCAAAGCAGAGCUAAACAGUGACAAGAAAGAGAAGAAGAAGGAGGCCGUGAAGAAGGUCAUAGCAUCAAUGACGGUGGGCAAAGAUGUCAGCGCUCUGUUUCCAGAUGUGGUGAACUGCAUGCAAACAGACAACCUGGAACUGAAAAAGUUGGUCUACCUCUACUUGAUGAACUAUGCCAAAAGUCAGCCAGACAUGGCUAUCAUGGCUGUUAACACCUUUGUGAAGGACUGUGAAGACCCCAACCCUCUCAUCCGAGCUCUUGCUGUUCGUACAAUGGGCUGUAUCCGUGUGGACAAGAUCACCGAGUACCUCUGUGAGCCUCUAAGAAAAUGUCUGAAGGAUGAAGACCCCUAUGUGAGGAAGACUGCAGCUGUGUGUGUGGCAAAGCUGCAUGACAUCAAUGCCCAGCUGGUGGAGGACCAAGGCUUCUUGGACACCCUUAAAGAUCUCAUUUCAGACUCCAACCCCAUGGUCGUUGCAAAUGCAGUAGCAGCCCUAUCUGAAAUUGCAGAGUCUCAUCCCAACAGUAAUCUGAUGGACCUAAACCCUCAGACCAUUAACAAGUUGCUGACAGCUCUUAAUGAAUGUACAGAGUGGGGACAGAUAUUUAUUCUUGACUGUCUGGCUAAUUACACCCCUCGUGAUGACCGUGAGUCUCAGAGCAUCUGUGAGCGUGUCACCCCGAGGCUCUCCCAUGCCAACUCUGCAGUGGUGUUGUCAGCAGUCAAAGUUUUAAUGAAGUUCAUGGAAAUGCUCCCCAAAGAUUUGGACUAUUACGGCACUCUGCUCAAGAAGCUCGCCCCCCCGCUGGUCACGCUCCUUUCUGCUGAGCCUGAGUUGCAGUACGUGGCACUUAGAAACAUCAACCUCAUUGUCCAGAGGCGCCCAGAGAUCCUGAAACAUGAAAUGAAGGUUUUCUUUGUCAAGUACAAUGACCCGAUUUAUGUCAAACUGGAGAAGCUGGACAUCAUGAUUCGUCUUGCAUCACAAGCAAACAUUGCCCAGGUGCUGGCUGAGUUAAAGGAAUAUGCCACUGAGGUGGACGUGGACUUUGUGCGUAAAGCUGUGAGGGCCAUUGGCCGCUGUGCCAUUAAAGUGGAGCAAUCAGCAGAGCGCUGUGUCAGCACACUGCUAGAUCUCAUACAAACCAAGGUCAAUUAUGUGGUGCAGGAGGCCAUUGUAGUCAUCAAGGAUAUUUUCCGCAAGUACCCUAACAAGUAUGAGAGCGUGAUCGCCACUCUUUGUGAGAAUCUUGAUUCACUGGAUGAGCCGGAGGCACGUGCUGCCAUGAUCUGGAUUGUAGGAGAGUACGCUGAGCGCAUUGACAAUGCUGAUGAGUUGCUGGAAAGCUUUUUGGAGGGUUUCCACGAUGAAAGCACCCAGGUGCAGUUGCAGUUAUUGACUGCAAUUGUCAAGUUGUUCCUGAAAAAGCCCACCGAGACCCAGGAGCUGGUGCAGCAGGUUCUAAGCUUGGCCACACAGGAUUCUGAUAACCCAGACCUCAGGGACAGAGGCUACAUCUACUGGCGUCUGCUCUCUACGGAUCCUGUAGCUGCCAAGGAGGUGGUUUUGGCUGAGAAGCCUCUGAUUUCUGAGGAGACGGAUCUGAUUGAGCCGACUCUGCUGGAGGAGCUUAUCUGCCACAUUGGUACUCUGGCCUCUGUCUACCACAAGCCCCCCAGUGCCUUUGUUGAGGGCAGCCGGGGUGUUCAGCACAAGAGGCUUCCAGGCAGUACUGGAUCUGGAGAGAGUGUUGAGAGCCCAGACACAGGCUCUGCAGCUGGAGUUUCUGAUGCUCCACCUGCUGUCAUCCCAUCCCAAGGAGACCUCCUUGGUGAUCUUCUCAAUCUUGAUUUGACACCCCCUGCCACCACUGGACCACCACCACCGGCCACCUCUGGUUUGCAGAUGGGUGCUAUGGAUCUUCUCGGAGGAGGACUGGACAGCUUGAUGGGAGAUGAGUCUGAGCCGGUAACUACAAGGAGAGAGAGACCGCCCAUUCCUUUGCGGACGGGCACUCCUCAGUCACCUCAGACCCUACAACAGUCCCCAUCGCCCCCAGAUUACAGCCCCACUGAGCUUGGUGGAGACCUUGGAGGAAGUUCAGCUAUGGGGGCUGGUUUUGGUGCUGCUCCAGCUGCAAUGCCGGCCCCUGUUAGUGGUGGCCUGGAUGACCUGUUUGAUCUCGGAGGUGGAGUUGGUAUGCCAAUGGGAGCCUUUAGCCCCCCCAAAAUUGUUUGGCUGCCAGCCAUGAAGGGCAAGGGGCUUGAAAUUUCAGGCACUUUUGCUCGCCGUGCUGGGGUCUUCCAAAUGGAGUUGACCCUCACUAAUAAAGCAAUGAGUGUCAUGACUGAUUUUGCCAUUCAGUUCAACAGAAACAGCUUUGGUAUUGCUCCUGCUGGUCCUCUCCAGGUUCUGACCCCUCUGAGCCCAAACCAGAGUAUUGAAGUGACUCUUCCUCUCAAUACUGUUGGACCUGUUAUGAAGAUGGAGCCCCUCAACAACCUGCAGGUGGCUGUUAAGAACAACAUUGACGUAUUUUACUUCAGCUGCCAGUACCCCAUCAGCAUGCUGUUUGUAGAGGACGGGAAGAUGGAGAGGCAAGUUUUCCUGGCCACAUGGAAAGACAUUCCUAAUGACAAUGAGUCCCAGUUUCAGAUCAAAGACUGCCAUCUCAGCUCAGAUGCAGCCUCCAACAAACUUCAAGGUAGCAACAUCUUCACCAUAGCCAAGCGCACAGUGGAUGGGCAGGACAUGCUGUAUCAGUCCAUGAAACUCACCAAUGGCAUCUGGGUGCUGGCUGAGCUCAGGCUGCAGGCAGGAAACCCAAAUUACACAGUCUCACUGAAGUGCAGAGCUCCAGAGGUUUCCCAGUGCGUGUUCCAGAGCUACGAGGCCGUGCUGAAGAACUGAACAAACUCAUCCAUCCGGCCGCCGCACCUCACAGAGCUCCCAGCGUCUUCUCCUGUUCUCUCACCCGACCCACGAAUGGCGUUCCAGCCUCACGCAGCGCAGGAACGCCUUCCUGCAGUGUCUGACUGCAGCCUUUGUCAUCCAGCCCUUCCAUUCAAACAUUUAAUGGUCUGUUGUAACCUUUUAGAAAUUCACCUUUUUUUUUGUCUCCCACUAAGGCUGAAAACCUGGGUUCACUCUUUUAUUUAUUUUUUUUGCCAGACUGUCUCCCCUUUUGUUCGUCUUCACUACAUCCUUUAGUUUCCUCGUCUUAAGCGAAAAUUUCCGAGCAGCUCUCAGUCCCUCCCUCAGCCAUCCAGUAAUGACCUUUAUUCAUUCAGGGACAGACCGGCUGCCAGACUUCUGUCCCUCCAUGAGGCUCUGUAAUCAUUUUCUAGCCCCACUUCUGGGUACAUUUCAGUCUAUUUUUAGCAUCUGCAAUCAGCAGGUGAAUCGUCACUUUCAGCAUAUUUGUGGGUUAUUUAGGUUGAGGUGCAGGAGAAAGAGGCAGCCUGUCAGGUAGAUGUUGGCUGUUGGAACCCAAAAAGAGACAUAAAGACCUUAAACCACACUAUAGUUUUUUUUUUGUCAUUUUCUAGAGUUUUGUGUGUCUGAAGCAGUAGAUUUGAAUCUUCUACUGUCCCUGAGAGCAGAAUGUCUGAUGCGCGUGUGGAAACUGUCAGUGUGCUUCUUUACAUUUUUACAUCAAUAUAUCUGCCCAUUUUAUAGACUAACAGGUAUUUGCUGACUUCUCUUUUGCUUAGUCAUUCCAUGGUUUCAUUUGUGUCUCUGUCUUGUUAGUGUACUUGUUGCAAACUGGGAGAGAGCCUCAGGAUGCGAGGACUUUUUUUUCCCUCUCUAUUCCUUGUCCGUGCGUCAGCAGCAGCCUCUCGGGCUCUUUGCCACUUUGCUCUUUCUGUGUCCUCAGAGCAGCUCUCCAUGUUCCACGGCCACCAGAGAUGAAGGCCCAGGUGACAUCAACUCAUACCAUGAUUUGUUACAUUCUCAUGUAGAGGGAGGAUAUAAAAUCCCAAGUGUAGGCAGCGCUGUUUUACCUGGAGCGGGGUGAGAACAUCUGAGUUAUUUGUUCUGAGCCCUUGUUUUUUUUUUCCAUCAGCAGGCAUGGAUAAGUGCACUCACUCACCUUGAUGAAAACCUACCACAGAGGCUGUGUAUUCUGACGGCUGAUUCAGAUUAAAUGCUGUAUUAAUUAAUCAAAU